AUGCUGUCGACUGCUGUGCUCUCGGUGACAGCCAUCUACUUCACUAUCACUUGGUUGAUACUGCCUGUUUUCAAAUAUUUUCAUGAUCCUAAAGGUCUUCGCAAAUAUCCCAAUCAUUCAUUUCUUUCGGGGAUCACAGAUAUCCCGUACUGUUACCUCAGUGCUCGCGGCUUCCGGUCACGAGAUCUCACAAAACUGCACGAGAAAUCAGCGAUCUUGCGCAUCGGUCCGAACAGCCUGUCUUUCAGUGGCACCGAUGCAAUUAGAGAUAUAUAUGGUCAUUCCACGUCCUGUGUCAAAGACCUGAAGUAUUCGAUCACGGCAGGCACCCAUCCCAAUCUAUUCGAUGUUGUUGAUAAGCCGAAUCAUGCCGUGAAGAGAAAGAGGCUUUCUGCUGCAUUUGCCAUCAAGAAUCUUGAACUCUGGGAGUUCAAAGUUGCACGCACCACCGAGCGACUCUUGGCGGCCUUCGACAAACUAUGCACUGAGCCACUUUCAGGUGACUCCGUGCCAGAACCAUCGGACUUGACUGUCAAUUUUAAUCUCUGGGUCAAUCUCUUCACUAUUGAAGCUAUCAAUAGCAUUGCUUUGUCUUCUGACUUGGGCAUUCUGGAAAAAGGAAACGAUCUAGUCACGGCGCAGAGAAUGGACGGCACCACCUACCAAGCUAGAUAUCGCAUCUCCCAGAACCAGGCUGCUUAUGCGACCUCCCAUUUUGUUUGGGAUUACAACAACUUCCAACUUUUCGUGCGUCUAUCUAAGCUUUUCCCGCAGUGGCGAAAGGUUUGGAAGACCGCAGAGCCAUUCAAAGAUAUCAUCCAUCACCAAGCUGUUACUCGACUUGAACGAUACAAUAAGGGAGAGCAUCUUGACGACUUCUUCACUGCGCUCAUGGAUGAUAAGACUGGCAAGCCCCAUAACUCUGAGUGGGGCGAAAUUAUUGGGGAAAUUGCAGCGAUCAUUGAUGCGGGCGCAGACACAACCGCUAUAGCAUUGACCCAAAUUCUGGAGCUGCUUAUUCGUCACCCCCAGCAUCUUGCGACGCUGCGAGAAGAAGUGGAUAGUGUGCUCUCUCCGGAUGACAUCGUCGCACCCUACGGCAAGGUCAAAUAUCUCCCUUUCCUCCGUGCUUGCAUCGAUGAGGCUCUACGCAUUAUUCCACCUACAUCUGCAGGUCUGCCUCGCAGGACGCCGCCAGAGGGAGCUAGAAUUCUAGGGGAGUGGAUUCCUGGGGAUACAAGUGUCUCCAUGACAAUCUACACUGCGCAUCACGAUCCAAAUGUCUUUCCGAAUCCCGAUGAGUUCCAGCCGCAUCGGUGGAUGGAUGUCGAAGAGAGAAAAAGGAUGGAGCCGUACUUUAUUCCGUUUUCUACGGGAGCCAGAGGAUGCAUUGGACGGAAUAUCUCUUAUUUGGAACAGACUGUUGUGCUUGCCUCUCUGGUGCAUCGGUAUGAGUUUGCGCUGGCAAGUCCCGAGUGGAAGUUGCAGAGAUUCGAGGCUUUCAAUCUCUUGAUGGGUGAUAUGCCUAUCAAACUAUGGAAAAGGGAGAUUCCGGCUUAG